UUCAAGACUCUCAUCAUGGCUGAGCUCCUGCCCCUGCUGUCUUGGGCUCCCCCGGGGGACCAGGGUGGUGCCCAGGACUUGCCUGCUCCCGAAGUGGAGCAGCAGGCACAGGCUGAUGGAGCCCAGGGCCUGGCCCCUGAGCCAUGGAUGUUCCUGGCCAUGCCCACCAUUCAGAUCACACCAUCCAGUGAUGGGGAGUCACUCCCUAGCACCCCGAUACCCUCACACUCACGGCGAUUGAGGACCCCAGACCUAGAGAGUCUGUCCCAGGACAGCACCACGCCCCACUCUGGCCGGAGCACGCCAAGCAGCUCCCCGUCUCUCCGUAAGCGGCUGCAGCUCUUACCCCCAAGCCGGCCACCACCCGAGCCCGAACCAGGCACCAUGGUGGAGAAGGGGUCAGAUAGCUCCUUGGAGAAGGGUGGGGUGCCUGGGACCCCCAGCACCCAGAGUCUGGGCAGCCGGAACUUCAUCCGCAACAGCAAGAAGAUGCAGAGCUGGUACAGUAUGCUAAGCCCCACAUACAAGCAGCGCAAUGAGGACUUUCGGAAGCUGUUCAGCAAACUCCCUGAGGCCGAGCGCCUCAUUGUGGAUUACUCCUGCGCCCUGCAGCGUGAGAUCCUCCUCCAGGGCCGCCUCUAUCUCUCCGAGAACUGGAUCUGCUUCUACAGCAACAUCUUCCGCUGGGAGACCACAAUUUCUAUCCAGCUGAAGGAAGUGACGUGUCUGAAGAAGGAAAAGACAGCCAAGCUCAUCCCCAAUGCCAUCCAGAUCUGUACAGAGAGCGAGAAGCAUUUCUUCACCUCCUUUGGGGCCCGUGACCGCUGCUUCCUCCUCAUCUUCCGCCUCUGGCAGAAUGCGCUGCUGGAAAAGACGCUGAGUCCCCGGGAGCUCUGGCACCUGGUGCAUCAGUGCUACGGGUCCGAGCUGGGCCUCACCAGCGAGGAUGAGGACUAUGUCUCCCCUCUGCAGCUGAAUGGUCUGGGGAGCCCCAAGGAGGUGGGAGACGUGAUCGCCCUGAGCGACAUCACCCCUUCGGGGGUCACGGAGCACAGCCAGGAGCCGAGCCCUGUGGGAUCCCGCCGUGGCCGUGUCACGCCCAACCUUUCCCGCGCCAGCAGCGAUGUGGCGGAGGAGGACAAGGAGGAGCAGAUGGACAGCCAGCCAGAUGCCUCUGCCAGCCAAACUGUGACUCCAGUGGCAGAGCCCCUGGGUACAGAGCCUGCCCCGCCUGAAGGCCCCACCUCCCUGGGGCCCUUGGAUCUGCUGCCCAGGGAGGAGCUGUUGACGGACACCAGUAACUCCUCUUCAUCAACGGGGGAAGAAGCUGACCUGGCCGCCCUGCUUCCUGAUCUCUCUGGCCGGCUCCUCAUCAACUCUGUCUUCCAUGUGGGUGCCGAGCGGCUUCAACAGAUGCUGUUCUCAGACUCGCCUUUCCUCCAGGGCUUCCUGCAGCAGUGCAAAUUCACAGAUGUGACCCUGAGCCCUUGGACCGGGGACAGCAAGUGCCACCAGCGCCGUGUGCUGACAUACACUAUCCCCAUCAGCAACCCACUGGGCCCCAAGAGCGCCUCGGUGGUGGAGACGCAGACACUGUUCCGGCGUGGCCCGCAGGCAGGCGGCUGUGUGGUGGACUCGGAGGUGCUGACCCAGGGCAUCCCGUACCAGGACUACUUCUACACCGCCCACCGCUACUGCAUUCUGGGCCUGGCCCGGAACAAGGCCCGGCUCCGGGUGUCCUCGGAGAUCCGCUACCGGAAGCAGCCAUGGAGCCUUGUCAAGUCUCUCAUUGAGAAGAACUCAUGGAGUGGCAUUGAAGAUUAUUUCCACCACCUGGAGCGAGAGCUAGCCAAGGCCGAGAAGCUGUCCCUGGAGGAAGGCGGGAAGGAUGCCCGGGGCUUGCUAUCAGGCCUGCGGAGGCGGAAGCGGCCCCUGAGCUGGAGGGGUCACGGCGAUGGGCCCCAGCACGCAGACCCUGACCCCUGCGCCCGGGGUGGCAUGCACACCUCAGGCUCCCUUAGCUCCCGAUUCUCAGAGCCGUCCAUGGACCAGGGCCCUGGGGCAGGCAUCCCCAGCGCCCUGGUUCUCAUCAGCAUUGUGAUCUGUGUGAGCCUCAUCGUCCUCAUCGCCCUCAACGCCCUUCUUUUCUACCGCCUCUGGUCGCUGGAGAGGACAGCCCACACCAUCGAGUCCUGGCACAGCCUGGCCCUGGCCAAGGGCAAGUUCCCCCAGACGGCCACGGAGUGGGCUGAGAUCUUGGCCCUGCAGAAGCAGUUUCACAGCGUGGAGACACACAAGUGGAGGCAGAUCCUUCGGGCUUCUGUGGAGCUCCUGGACGAGAUGAAGUUCUCACUGGAGAAGCUGCAUCAAGGGAUCACGGUCUCAGACCCUCACUUUGACACCCAGCCACGGUCCGAUGACGGCUUCUCCUGAGGAUGCCUGGCCACACAGCCGUCCCCCCAAACUGACAGAAGGACACACAGAGCCCCGGUGGCCACUGCUGGCACGGUGUGAGCGCCGGAAACCUCCUGUCCACCCCUCCCGGUGGCCUGACCAGGGGCCGUGCAGAACUGGGGACCACAGAACCGAGAUGCACUUUAGACCAGCGUGUGCGAGUCCAGCUGCCAUCACCUGUCUGGCCAGGGAGCUGGCCUGGCCUUUCUUUGGCAGGCCCCCCACUAACUUAUUUUUCCCAGCUGGGGUUGUGGGGGGCACCCCCUGGGGUGCACUAUUCCCUCAGCUCUGGGUUUAAUGUAUUAUAUUUAUUUGGGGCUGACAAAGCUCCAAUAAAGGGUUGGAAAUCGC